AUGCACCGGCUAAUUUCCAGAUUUCGUGCCAUCUUUCAAAGGAAAGCGGACUUGAAGGAGGCGAGGGAAGAGCAGCAGAGGCUCUUGGAAGAUGAUACCAUAUUACAAUACAAACAGCAAGUUAUGGCAGGGUCCUGUAGUAACUAUGACUGGAUCCACUUCAGUACUGAUGUCAUCGGGACUUGCGACAGCCCUCCGAAAGUUCAACAAAAACUUCCUGCAGCUGCAGAAGAACAAAGCACUCACGGAUUGAACUCGGUCACAGUGGAUGCUCUCUCCUAUGACCAUGAUGAACAACCAGCAGACUCUCACAUGAGAGUUUUGUUUGGCUGUGUGACAGGUGACACUGACUACAAUGAUCACGGGUUGUCCUUCUCUCUAGACAUUGCUUGUAAAGAUUUUCGGCCUUAUAAUGGUGACCUGGUAGAAAUUGAGUUUUCUGAUGAGCAAGACACACAGAACAGAAGGGCCGUCUUGGUGAAGCCUCUGAAACACUGUCAUAUAAAUGAGGCCUGUGUUACAAAAACGGAUGGAAGAACUGGGGUGUUGGAAAACGACAUCUUUUUUCACCUUUGGAUUCUCUUAAAACUUCCUUCUGGAUAUGUGCAUGGGGAAGAUGACGUUGUCAAUGUGGUUGCAGUGCAGAGCAUUCAUCCCAACUAUUUCUGGAGAGCAGUUGCUAUGACCCCAGUACAAGUGUUGUAGGAACCAAACCUGUGUUCAAUCUUCAGUGUUACUUGUAUGGGUAGUGAAGGGCCUGGUUUAAUAUUUAAUAUUUUUUCUAGUAGAACCCACCCUCCCAUGUUAAAAUG